AUGCGACUGCUGCGGGCGGACAGCCGCUGGCAGCCGGGGCGGCUUCGGCUGCUGUUACUGCUGGGCCUUGGGCUGGGUGGCCUCUUUUCAGAGCAGGCGGAAGCCCAGAGCCCCGCGGGGACGCCGCCGGAGAGGAGCCGGCCAUACGCCGUGCUGCGCGGGCAGAACCUAGUGCUCAUGGGAAGCAUCUUCAGUAUCCUGCUGGUCACUAUGAUACUGAUGGCCAUUUGCGUCUACAAGCCCCUUCGCCGUCGCUAACUGGAGAGCAAGGGAAUCUUGUGAAGAUGGCAAGCCAUGGUGCAUGGGGACCCCUGGAACAACUGGGAUUAGAAACCAAGUACUUGAAAGCCACACAUGCUCU